GCUCAAAGCUGGGAAGGCUAAUUAUACACAAAAACACACACUAAUACACACACAAACAUAUAAACGAGCGUACGUAAUUUAGAGAGAGAAAGUGGGCAUAUAUAUAAAUAAUUGUAGAGAGAGAAGAGAGGAAUCAGAGAGGAAGAGAGAGGAAAAAGAAAAAGCAAGCGCCGUUUCUCUCUCUUCAUCUCUCUCUCCUUUGAAGAGAUUUUUGAUUCUCCUUUUGUAUUGUUUUCGUUUGAAUUGAAGAUUAUUCAGAGACAGAAGCUAGGGUUUUGAAAUUGAGGAAGGCGAAAAUGAAUGUUAUGAGGAGACUCAAGAGCAUUGCUUCUGGCCGCACCUCUACUUCAGAUCCUGGUGGAGAUUCUAGAGAUUCUAGCAUAAGAAGGAUGAAGAUUGAACAAGACGCAGAUCAUAAAGUUUCUGAUGAACCUCUUUCAACUGAAAAAUCUUCCACAUCAGCAGAGCAGUAUAUGGAUUCCGCCUCAGAGAAUACUGCUAAACCUCAAAAAUUGGCUCGUGAUGAGCUUCCCAAACAAAUGCAUCAAAUGAAGAUAAAAGAGAAUAAACCUGAUAACUCUAAUAAAAAGAAUAUUGAACCCACUGUUAUUAGUGGCAAGGGAACUGAAACAGGUCAGAUAAUUUCAACAACAGUGGUUGGUCCAAAUGGGCAGCAAAAACAGACAAUGUCUUAUAUGGCAGAGCGUGUGGUUGGUACUGGCUCAUUUGGUGUGGUAUAUCAGGCCAAGUGCUUAGAAACUGGUGAAGCUGUUGCUAUCAAAAAGGUACUACAGGAUAAGAGAUAUAAGAAUAGAGAACUCCAAAUUAUGCGUAUGCUUGAACAUCCUAAUGUUGUUCAACUGAAACACUGUUUCUAUUCAACUACCGAAAAAGAUGAACUGUAUCUUAAUCUUGUGCUGGAGUAUGUCGCUGAAACAGUUUACCGAGUUUCAAGGCACUAUGGGAGGAUAAACCAAUCCGUGCCUGUUCUAUAUGUGCAAUUGUAUACCUACCAGAUGUGUCGUGCUCUUAACUACAUACACAAUGUCGUUGGUGUAUGUCAUCGUGAUAUUAAACCGCAGAAUGUUUUGGUCAAUCCACACACUCAUCAGCUUAAGCUGUGUGACUUUGGGAGUGCAAAGAUGUUGAUGCCUGGUGAGCCCAACAUAUCGUAUAUCUGUUCUCGGUAUUAUAGAGCUCCAGAACUGAUAUUUGGGGCAACAGAGUACACAACUGCAAUUGAUAUGUGGUCAGUUGGCUGCGUUUUGGCUGAGCUUCUUCUAGGACGGCCUUUGUUUCCGGGGGAGAGUGGUGUUGAUCAGCUGGUGGAAAUCAUUAAGGUGUUAGGUACUCCAACCAGAGAAGAAAUCAAGUGCAUGAAUCCGCAUUACACCGAGUUUAAGUUUCCUCAUAUUAAAACUCAUCCAUGGCACAAGGUAUUUAACAAGCGAUUGCCUGCUGAUGCUGUGGAUCUGGUGUCAAGACUGCUCCAAUAUUCUCCAAAACUGCGUUCCAGCCCGUUGGAGGCAUGUGCACACCCUUUUUUUGAUGAUUUGAGGCAGCCAGAUGCAUGCUUACCAAAUGGAAAAGCACUUCCUCCCCUGUUCGAUUUCACUCCUCAAGAGUUGAGUGGUGCAUCUACCGAACUACGUGAUCGUCUCAUCCCCAAUCAUGCCAGAAAAUGAUUCCAUGCCCUAAAUUAUAUCUUUAGGCAAUGUAUAUGUUUUAAUGGAUAUCUGCUUCUUACAUCCUACACACGGGAGACAAGGAAUUCAGCCUUGUACUCCCACAAAUUUUGUUUGAUUAAGUUGUGGAAGUCAAUUUUGGUAAUUAUGACCAGGCAGUAUUAAGGUGGUGAAUUUUGGAAAAUGAGGUUUAGCGGUAUACUUUUUGUGUAUCCUGUCUGCCUUGCGUGCUAUAGAUAUGAAAUUUUGGAAGAUCGUUUAUGUAGCAAUGCCUGGUAUGUGGGCACUCUUAAACGUUGUUUGAUGCAUGCAAAAUUGCCAAUGACAUAGGAUCUGAUAUCUUUUUGUUUUAUAGUCUCAAA